UCAACCUAUCGGGCUUAUGUUUUUUUCAGGCGAGCGGUUCGGACGUGUUUUUCGCAUCGUCGCUGUUUUUUGUAACGGCCGCGAAAUUGCAUUCCUAAUUGUUCUCGCAAAUUCUUUGUGUUGUGGUGUUUAAAAGGUGUUGCAGUAACUGUGGCUAAAUAACGGGAAAUGUCGAGUUCGCAUUUACUCUUAUAAGCAUUUCCCAAUUGUGUCCGUAUUUCCCUACUGUGUGUGUAAGCUAAGUGCAAGUGUGCGAAACUGCAAUGCGUAUCCGUAUCGAGUUUUCUUGAUUUCCCAAAGAGCAAACAAAAAAAGCAGUGCAACUGCACCGAAAAGUGCAGCAGUACUUGUAUGGAUAAACAGAUCUACCUGUCUAAUAGUGCCGACAAAGCCGAAGACGUUGCCGGAGACGAAGACGACGGGCAGUCGAGAUGACGCAGACCAAGCAGCCAGCAGGUGGGUCGUCCACCCCGGCCACAGACUUUGUGGCCCCCGUCACCUCGACUACAGCCUCUAAGCUCACACCCUGCUCUACGUCCGCCCACGAUGUUUUGCUGAACAACUUCCAGCUGAAGAAGAAGAGAUACCGGGUCCUGCUCCAUGGGCAGCAGUUGGUGUGGGAGCGCCUGCAGAAGAUCAAGCAGCCGCCCCAAAGCAACGAGACGAAGGCUCCAUUGCCGCCUGACUCGCCCUCUCAGCCUGGGAUCUUCUCCUAUGGGCCGCAAAGUCAUGUACUUCACCUUGACGAUGUGGUCAGCAUAAGGAGCGGGGACACCAAGGCGAGCUCUCUAAAACCUCCAUUGCCUCCAGGUUCGGAGCGCGAUUCCAGAUGCAGUAGUGAUGGUGUUCCGGGGAAGCCCACCAGUCAGUACCUGACUAUUAACUAUGCCAUGAGGUUAAGCAAAUCUCAAACGGAUUGCAAUCGCUGGGAGCUGAGGAGGCUGACCUUUUUCAAUUCUGAUCCGUACAUAAUUAGGCAGUGGGAUCAGGAGCUGCAAGUCCGUAUGCAGGGAUCCUCGCCUGUUCGGAUGCGAGUGCGCCGUCUUUUGGUGUUUAUUAACCCCUAUGGAGGUCGCAAGGCAGGAGCCCAGACCUACGAACGGCAUGUUAAACCCAUUUUUCAACUCGCUGGUGUGGAUGCCACCUGUAUUACCACUCAAAGGGCAAACCAAGUCAAGGACAUACUGCUGAGCCACGACCUGGGAGUAUACGAUGCAGUUUGCUGUGUCGGAGGCGAUGGAACUGUGGCGGAGGUGAUCAACGGACUGAUAUUCCGACAGAUGCGGGAGUUGGGACUAGACGAACAGCGGCCACCAUACAUUCCAAGACCGGCUCUGCCUGUUGGCGUAAUCCCUGCUGGCAGCACCGACACCAUAGCUUACAGCAUGCAUGGCACUGCGGAUGUGAGGACAGCAGCCAUCCAUGUAAUCCUUGGACAACAUCGCGGCCUCGAUGUGUGCAGUGUGAGCAAUGGUCAGUCCCUGCUAAGAUUUUGUGCCAGUGUUUUAAGCUAUGGAUACCUGGGCGACGUAGCCGCACAAAGUGAAAACUACCGCUGGAUGGGACCAAGACGGUACGAGUACAGUGGCGUCAAAGCCUUUCUAAGUAAUCGGGGCUAUGACGCCGAGUUGAGGAUGCUGGAAGAGCCUGAUCUGCUGCUUACUACGCCGCUGGAGGAGGUCCCACAGAGUCCGGACAGCGUGUGCUCACUGGGCGAGUCAGUACCCUCCGUCUGCUACGCGAAUUGCCAGCGCUGUAGCUUCGCAAGCAGCAUACAGGAGCAACGUUCUUCCCUGUUCAUCCAGGAGGAAUCUAAAGAGCCGGAGCGGAAUCAACGGGAGGGGCCAGAGGUUUCCCAUAUAGACCCCAGUGAGGCAGCUUUGCUUCGACCUCGUCCGGAUAAGCUUAAAUUGCCUUCUGGCUCCAUUUCAUCUAUGAGAAACCUCGGAAACGAUCAGUGGAAGGUAGUGCGGGGAAAUUUCUUCAUGAUCUGCGGAGCAAACAUCACCUGCGCCUGCGCCAGGAGUCCGAAUGGAAUUUCUCGCUACAGUCACCUAGGCGAUGGUUGCCUCGAUCUGAUUCUGGUGAAGAAGACCUCGUUGCUCAAUAAUGUACGCUUCCUUCUCAACACGGCGGGCAGAAGCGGUGAUAUUCGCAAUCUGCCCUUUGUGGAAGUCUAUCGUACCAGGGAAUUCCAGUUCAGAACGUUUUCUGGCGCUGGCGAGGAGGACUAUAGCAUAGCGGGCUCAUGUCAGCCGAUUUCUCCUCCUGGAGAAAUGGCCAACGCCUCAUCCUCCACAGAGUUUUCCAGCUGGAACUGUGAUGGCGAGGUGGUCACCGAUCUGGACAUUACCAUGAGAUCGCACUGUCAGCUCAUUGAGGUCUUCAUGAGAGGCCCCCAUUCCUACAGCAAGCCCCUCAAGGGUGGCAUUACGCCCACAACCCCAGCCAGCUCCAGCGAUAAUGUCUACUGCUGCUGCAAGGACUAGAAGCUUUAACCCCAUAGAAUUAGCAUCAAUCAUUGGCCGUGACAAGUAGCUCGUAGUUUUGCAUAGGGUAUCCUUAUUCGUAUUUGUAUUCGUAUUGUGUUAGAGAGCGGGUCUCCCCGUCAUUGUUUUUAGCAUAGCUCAAUAAAGCAACUGAUAUUAUCGACUGUAUUAUGGCAUCUGAAAGAUGCGAAGGCAAACUGAAACAUUCCCCUCGGAAGGCAUUCAUUAUUCACCUACCUAUAUAUUUACAAAUUGUGUACUGGUAUAUUGGCAAUAAACAAUGUGUCUAUUUA